AUGGUUUCUGUAAUGAUGGAAAUGUAUGAUUUCUAUUCAGGUUAUGCUAUUACAGGAGACUUGGCUUUGUUAGAGAAAUUGGUUGCAAAAACCGAUGCUCGAUACAUCAUUGUGGUGGAGAAGCACGCCAUAUUCCAGAGGCUAGUUGAAGACUGUAUUUUUAAUCAGAUACCCAGACAUUGCUACAAGGUAAUAUUUUUAUUCUUCCUGCACCGUUUGAGCCGUGCUUAUCCAGAGUUGCCUAUUCUUGGCCUGGUUGACUGGAAUCCAGCAGGACUGGCAGUUUUAUGUACAUUCAAAUAUGGAAGCAUUGGAAUGGGACUGGAGGCAUAUAAAUAUGCUUGCAAUGUUAAAUGGCUAGGAAUUCGAAGAGAUGAUUUGGAACUCAUACCGGAACAAUCUUUCAUUCCUCUCAAACCACGGGACCUUCAAAUAGCGAAAAGCUUGUUGUCCUUGGGGAUUUUACAGGAGAAGUAUAGAGAAGAAGUUGAAAUGAUGGUUGAGAGGGGUCAAAGAGCAGAGAUUGAAGCUCUCUAUUUCCAUGGAUUUGAUUUCUUGGGUAAGUACUUGGCAAAGAAAAUUGUUCAAGCAAGCUAAAUAUGAUAUAGCAUAUACGAAAGAUCUAGAUCUUUUUAUUUGAUUGUCUGGCUUGUUUUGGGUUGUUAAUUUGCAUAGUUAACCCAUUAGGAUAACUCAAA